AACGUGACAUGAGAAAAAGUGUGUGCGUGAGUUUGUGUGGGUGAGGAGAAAUAAAAUCAAUAUUUAUUAUCAAUACACCUUGUCUAUCCUUUACAUCACGAUUUCAAUUUGGCACUGGGGACAUUUAACAGAAAAUCUCGUGAUAAAUUAAUCGUAGAAAUGAAAGUACAUUUCUAAUUUCAAAAAUUGUGAUUUGUUAUCUAAUAUGAAGUGAGUCUGUUCUUUGUUAUCGACACGUCCAAGGAACUCCCAAAAGAUGACUGAUUCAAGUUCGUACUCAUCUUUGAUGGCGCUUGUGGACAGCCACCUGUCCAAGACCAGUGUGCAGGCAAGUGGAUCAGAGGGCAAUGAUAGUCCGUUUCCUAGAUUGCAACUGCCAAGAUUGAAAGGCCCAAAUGCGACCUUGUCGGAAACUCGCCUGACGCUUCCUUCAACGCAGCGUCUGCCACUGCCCACGUUAAGCUUGACUGAUAGCCCGAUUCAAGAAGUCCUGGCCAUGCAAGUCAGCAACAUGCUCAAAGCUAAAGAAAAGAAAAAGCAACAAGAAGAAGAGGCAGCACGACUUGCACGCGAGCGCGAAAAAUUAGCCGAAGAAAUGAGGAAACUGAAGAUGGAAGAUGAUAAAAAUGAUGAACAUAUCAUUGAUUUAGUCAAAGCUGUAAAGGAAUCGAUGACAUUUAAGAAACCAGACCAACCAGCCCCUCGGAAGAGAAAAGUAUCACUUAGCGGCAAUAGCUCUAUCGAAACAUUGUUUGAACCAAGAUUUAUUGACAGUGAAAUUAAUCCGGUAAAGGUGAAAACUCCGGAACCUUUAUUACCAUGCAAGACCGAUAUGUCAUACAUCUUGACGCAGAAAAUAAGACGAGGCAAAUGCUCAGCAUUUGGAAAAGUGCUCACGUCAAGACUGAAACCUGUAGCUGCACCGUACUUAAGAGAGACAAUACAUUCAAAGGUUGUAAGGUUUGAUUUCUCAACAAAAUCUCCAUGUGAUCUGAUAAAAGAGAAACUACGACAACCCCGGCCGUAUCCAUCGCGUACAUUUGACUUAUUGAGCAUAUUCCCAGACUUGGAGGAAGAAUUUUCGAAGUAAAAUUGUAAAUAUUUAUGAUGAAUGAAGGCUGGACAUUUAAGAUCAGUUGCACUGAUGUAUAUCCAAAAAAACUAUCAGUAUACAAUGAAUUUAAACUUAAGAUUUUAGACAGUCAGUUCUUGGAUGUAUUUAGUUUAACUCAUUAGUUUAAUUGGCUGUAAAUUAGGAUAAUAAUAAUGAUUAUUAUUGUAGUAUACAAUACUCACAAUGAAAUAUAACUAGCUAUAGAAUCAGGAAUGAUGUUGCACAAAAAUAAAUUGUCUUUACUAUAUUUAGUAAUUAGUUAGGUAAAUAAAAUUUGUAAGUUUAUAGACUAGGGUGUUAGCACGGUAAUAUUAUUAGUAUUACCGUGGUGUUAGUAUGUUAUACUAAUAUUAAUAUUGUAAUUAAUCUAUUGGUCACUGCUUCACAUACAACUGUAGUGGUUGUACUUAUUUCUGACUUACUUUCAGUUUUUAUUUAAAUUCAGUUUUCAGUAAAGUCUUGUGAAUAGACAAAAUUUUUGUUAGCGUUGUGACUCCCUAAUAAUAUUGAUCUCAUUUUUAUUUUAUUUUCUUGUAAACAUAUCAACCAUGGUGACUAACCGCACUGCACAGUUACAGUUAGGCUGAGUUGCACCAUCUUACUUUAACAAACGUAAAAAAUCUGUCAAACCUCAUAAAAAAAACACCGGUUAUUAUCAUAGUUACCGUCAAAGUAUGUUGGUGCAAUUCAGCCUUAUUCAAGGACUUAAAGACAUAUGAUGUACAAUAAUAAAAUUAUAUUAUUUGAUAAUUAAUAUAUUAUUAUUAAAUGGGAUUCAAAAUCA